UGGGUGGCACGGAGCAGCAAACGGGGAUCAGCGACGGCAGCGCUGGCCUGAGGCUCACAGGAGCCUUCGGGGGAGGGGACAGGGACCGGCCGGGGGGAACAGCGACCGUGCAGGAUGCUUUUGGGAGCAGGCGCCGGGAGAAGAAAGGCAGGAGGUGCCCCGGAGCCCGCGAGGGGUGGGCAGGGGGACAGCCCGGCUUCCCUUCCGCCUCUCCUGAAGAUUUUGGGAUCCCUCGACAGACCAUGAAUGGAUCCUUUUUCAACCAGACUCUCCUGGAGCAGGGAGCUGACCCCAACAGGACCCAGGGCUUGGGGGUGCUCAUGGCCUGCUGCAACGGGACCAGCGCCGUGCUGGCCACCGACGGCGGCUCCUCGGCGCUGGCCCCCGACGAGAGGAGCCUCUUCAUCACCAGGGUGGUGCAGAUCGCCGUGCUCUGCGUCCUCUCCUUGACUGUCAUGUUUGGCAUCUUCUUUUUGGGCUGCAACUUGCUCAUCAAGUCCGAGAGCAUGAUUAACUUCCUGGUGAAGGACCGAAGACCUUCCAAGGACGUGGGCGCUGCCAUCAUGGGACUUUACUGAGGCUCCUGUAGGCAAGUGAACUGUCUGGACCCGGUGCUGAGAUGCACAUUCCGUGUGUUUGGGGCAGCUGGGGGGGAGUGGGAAGGGAGGGGGGGUCUUUUAAUCUCUCUGUGUCCACGGGAAAGCAAACCUGUGCUUCCCAACCAACAAACUGUCGGUGUGCAGGGGGAGAUGUCCCCGGAGCUGGGUGAGGCACAGUGAGUGCCCAGCAUCGUGUUGCAUGCAGAAAUGGCUUAAGUUUUGCAUGAAACUUGCAGAAACAGUGAUAAUGUGCAGAUCUGGACUCUUUCCUGCUGUUUCCUUGGAUACUGCUACCUGGGCUUGAGGGCUCAAUUAAAAAAAAAAA